UUCCCGGCCCGGCCCGGUCCGGUCCCGGGCGUGUGGGAGCCGCCGCUGAGCGGUAACGGGCCCGGACCCCGCGGCGCCCGACACCUCGUCGUUUCCCCCUUCCUUCUCCCUCCUCCUCCUCCUCCUCCUCCUCCUCGUCCCCCAAGCCGCCCCGCCCCCGUCUCCCGCUUCUCUUCCCUCUGCCCCUCGGCGACAACCGGGCCGGGGCAGCCUCCCUGCCAGCCGCUGCCACCCAAGGCGGGGCAGCCUCUCUGCCAGCCGGUGCCACCCGGAGCGAGGCAGCCUCCCUCCGAGCCGGUGCCACCCAGGACGGGCAGCCCCCCUGCCAGCCGCUGCCACCCGGGUCGGGGCAGCCUCUCUGCCAGCCGGUGCCACCCGGAGCGAGGCAGCCUCCCUCCUAGCCGGUGCCACCCAAGGAAAACUCUUCAGGGUUACUGAAAAGGGGCCAGUAGCUGUCGGGGAAACAUGGAGGACAAGAGACGGAGAAACCGAGUGCAGGGUGGCUGGGCUGGUUUCAGCAAAAAGCCAGCGGCUUUAGAGCCAGCCGCUGUUGCCAAGAGCCAUUCCCACCAAGGUGCUGGACAGGCCCAGCUGAAAAGGGAGCAGCUUCCACCCGAAAGACAGUUUUUCUUUACCGAACCUACAGAGGCAGUUCGCAGAGCCCCAGAGCCCCGAGUGAUCGACAAAGCUGGGGUGUAUGAAAUCAGUCCAUCGCCCACAGGCAUCUCUCGGGUCUGUUUGUAUCCCGGCUUCAUCGACUCAACAGAAGCAGAUUGGAUAUUUCAACAACUAUGUCAAGAUAUUCCCUGGAAGCAGAGAACUGGAAUCAAAGAAGGUGUAAUUUACCAGCAGCCAAGACUAACAGCUUGGUAUGGGGAACUUCCAUACACAUAUUCCAGAGUCACGAUGGAGCCAAAUCCUCAGUGGCAUCCGCUAUUGAGCAUGUUGAAGAAUCGCAUCGAAGAGAACACUGGACACACCUUCAACUCUCUACUCUGCAACCUUUACCGUAACGACAAGGACAGCGUGGACUGGCAUAGCGACGACGAGCUCUCGCUGGGGGAAUGUCCCGUCAUCGCGUCACUCAGCUUUGGGGCCACCCGCACCUUUGAAAUGAGGAAGAAGCCUCCACCUGAAGAGAAUGGGGACUUCACCUAUGUGGAAAGAGUAAAGAUACCUCUUGCUCAUGGGACCUUGCUGAUGAUGGAGGGAGCUACCCAAGCUGAUUGGCAGCAUCGAGUUCCCAAGGAGUACCAUUCCAAAGAGCCCCGGAUAAACUUGACCUUCCGAACUAUUUACCCAGAGCCCAGCAGGAUGCAAAGGGCUAUCAAUAGAUUGUAAUCUCUGGGGGAAACUGCAGGUGUUUUGGGUUUUUUUCCUGCAACUUUGGGGAAAGUGAGGGGUAAACAUCUAUCUGCAUCUCUGAAGUUCCGACUCUUCCGUCAGCUGACACGCAAGCAGUAUUGUAAUGCCGAGCUACGUUACCUUGACUCCUAACUUGUGUGCUGUGAAUGGAAAGCUACACGUUUGCCGCCGAUGCAGAGUGCUCUGUCUAUGUAACUAAGUCGGCUGUGUCGUCAGUGAGCCUCGGCUGUGCUGGAACAGCUGCUGAGUCAGUUGGGCUAUCAGAUCUGUGAUUCAGGACAAAAAUUUGAGUCGUCCUUGAACGGCCACCCAAGGAGUCCAGCUGUCCUCGAACAGCCGAAGGGAACCGUUGUGCGUCGCUGAAAACCUCAAAGAAGGGACGAAUCAUGUGGUAAGGAGGCAUCGUAGCUGAAGUGGGACUCAGUAGUGACAUCUGUUCUACGUAGAUUGGUCUCCACUAGAGAAUUGUUUGAGUCACUUAAAGGAAAAUGAGACAACCAUCGUGGCUCUCCUGCUGGGAAGUUUUCUUUCCUGUCAAUCAGUGACAUUUUUUGAGUGCUUACUAUGUGCAGAACACUAUACUAAGUGCUUGGGAGAGUACAGUACAAUAGAGUUGGCAGACAUGUUCCCUGCCCACACGAGCUUGCAGUCCUAGGAGAGAUGGACAGGAUUACCUAAUACUGUAGUUAUUUACUUAAUAUUGUAGUCAGCAUCUCUAUGACACACUCCAGUGUCUGAAGCUUCUGUUCCCGAAUGUUUUCUCUGUUACGUAGGGGAUGGCAAAGUGAGACGCAGGUGAUUGGCUCGUCAAAGUUCCCAAACUAGACAAGGUUGCCGCCUUUUAGGGCAUUAUGACAUAAACACUAUCUCUUUUGACCUCAUGAUUAGAUGAAUCCUCCAAGGGAAUUUUAAAGGUGAGAUGUGAAAAAAGACUAAGUAGGACAACAACUUAAAGAGCUCUUUUUGGGGUUGCCUUUGUUUAAUUACCCCUGAUUUUAUUCUAAUUUCAUUACCCACUCUUGAAUCCAUGAUCCUAGAGCUCAGGGUAAAAAGCUGUAGACUUGUAAUUAGAGAUUUCUCUCUCUGAAUUGCUUUGGUCUGCACUUUGACUUCUGACCAACUGGGUCACUAAGCAAUGCGGUUUCCAUUGUUGAAGAUGGUAUUUAUUAAGUGUUGCUUAUGUACUAAGUACUGUGCAAGAUAGAAGAUUUGGACACAGUUCCUGUCCCAUGUAGGGCCCACCCUCUAAGAGGAAGGGAGAAGAGACAUCGUAUCCCUAUUUUACAAAUGAGGAACCUGAGGCCAGAAUCACUGAGUAGCCAGCCCAAGAUUACACAGCGAGAAAGUGGCAGAGCCGGGAGUAGAAUGCAGGUUUUCUGACUCUCAGACCCAAUUAUUUCUGGUAAUAAGAGUAGUAGGAUUCCUCCACGAGGUCAGUUACCUUUAUGAGGAAGGCUUAAUGCUAUUAACAACAAGAACAAUUAACAUCUGUCCUCGCUCCCAUAUGACAAACAACAACCAGAACUUAAUAAAGGGCUACCACAUCCAACUC